AUGGCUGUAUAUAGCAGCGAGGACGUGGGGCUGGAGGUGAAGGACGACAUGAGCCCCCUAACACGCGCCGACAUAGAGGCCAACGCCAUCAUAUGCAAGGGCCUGGCCGAGCUGGCGCCGCACGUGCCCAUCAUAUCUGAAGAGAACAAGCAGCUGCCCUACUCCAUACGAAAAGGCUACCAGUACUGCUGGCUGGUGGACCCCCUGGAUGGCACCAAGGAGUUUGUCAAGCGCAACGGGGAGUUCACCGUGAACAUCGCGCUGGUGCAGGGCGGCUCCCCCGUGCUGGGCGUGCUGCACGUGCCCGUGACCAAGGAGACGUUUUUCGCAGUGGAGGGGCGCGGCGCGUUCGUGCGGCGCGAGGGCGUCACCAGCCAAAUCAGGGCGGCCGAGUUCAACCCCGCAGAGGAGGGUGUUGUGAUCGUAGGGUCGGCCUCACACAUGAGCAGCGCGACCAAGCUGCGCAUGCAUCUGCUGCUGCUGCUGCUACUACUACUGCUGCUCCUGCUGCUGCUGCUGCCGCUGCUGCUGCUGCCGCUGCUGCUGCUGCUGCUGCUGCUGCUGCUGCUGCUGCUGCUGCUGCUGCUGCUGCUGCUGCUGCUGCUGUAG